CCGGCGGGCGCGGGGGAACCAGGAGGGCGCGCCGGGCAGCGGAUGAGGCGCGACCGCUGCGGCCCAGGGCACCCCCCCUGGCAUCCCGAACCCUGCCCGGUCCGACCCGAGGGGGAGGAUGGAAACACCAGCCGCUAUCUGAGCCCCCCUGGAAGAUAUCAUCCCUCCCGCUACACCAGGCUGCGGUCCUGCGGAGGCCACUGCUUCGGCCCCUCCACGUCUUGGUCUCCCAGAGCGGAGCCCCGCAGAAAGGCGAGCGAUGGCGGAAAACCUGAGGAGGCUGGUCUCGAACGAAACUUUACGACGGUUGCAGGACAGAGUAGACUCCUGGGCCAAAGAGUACAACACAAACUCGUGUGAUCAAAAUCUAAAUUACUGCCUUGAACUCAUUGAACAAGUUGCCAGGGUGCAGGGACAGCUCUUUGGGAUCCUCACUAUUGCAGCCCAAGAAGGAGGACAUAAUGAUGGUGUGGAAACAAUCAAGUCCCGUCUUUUGCCUUGGCUGGAGGCUUCUUUUACUGCUGCUUCCAUGGGAAAACCUGUUGACAGCAAGGUUCCUUCUCUACAGGACACAUUUGAUAGGGAGAGACUUAAAGGGAGUAGUCCUCGGGACCUACAACUACUAGAUUCUGACUUGAACACAACCCGUAAUCAACUCAACCAGGUUAAAGACGAUCUGGCUGAAACUGGAAAGGCUCUCGAAGAAACCAAGAACAGAUCUGCCAUAUCCCUUUUGGCUGCAGAGGAGGAAAUAAAUCAGCUAAAAAAGCAGCUUAAAUCUCUUCAAGCCCAGGAGGAUGCUCGUCACAGGAACUUAGACCCUAGGCGUGCAGACCUGAGCAAACCUGAUCGCAGGAGUACGAUCAGGAGGAGUGCAGAGCAGCGGAGCUCAGACCACAGGAGCUCAGAGCGGAGCUCAGAUCAGCGGAGCUCAGAUCAGCGGAGCUCAGACCAGAGGAGCUCAGAGCAGUGGUGCUUAGAGCAGCGGAGCGCAGAGCAGCGGUGCUUAGAGCAGCGGAGCGCAGAGCAGCGGAACGCGGAGGUGAUAUGCGACUAUGAGAAGCAACUCCGAAACCUGAAGGAUGAGAUCGCUGUCCUGAAUGCUGAAAAAGCUGGUCUGCAAGGAAGGGCAACCAGGAGCCGGUCUCCUAGCCCCAGCCAGCGCAGCCGCCCCCACAGCCGCAGCCACAGCCACAGCCGCAGCCAAAGUCGAAGCCACAGCCACAGCCGCAGCCACAGCCGCAGCCACAGCCCCAUCCACAGCCCCAGCAGGAGCAGGUCCACUAGCCCCUCCAACAAAAUCGCCAAAAUCAGAAGCGCGUCCCCAAAUGGUUCCAAAAUGUCCAGUGUGGCGCGCAAGGCUGCCCUCCUGUCCCGGUUCAGCGACGCCUAUUCCCAGGCCCGCCUGGAUGCACAGUGCUUGCUGCGGCGCUGCAUCGACAAAGCGGAGACCGUGCAGCGGAUCAUCUACAUUGCCACUGUGGAGGCAUUCCAUGUCGCUAAGAUGGCAUUCAGACACUUCAAGAUCCGGGUGAGGAAGACAUUAACACCAUCUUAUGGAGGGUCGAAUGACUUUGAGAAUGCUGUCUCCGAAUAUAUCAUUUGCCAUCUUGAUCUGUAUGAUUCCGUAAGCAGCGUUAAUGAUGUGAUCCGCGCUAUGAAUGUCAACCCCAAGAUCUCGUUCCCCCCUGAGGUUGACUUUUGCCUCCUCAGCGACUUUAUCCAGGAGAUUUGCUGCAUCGCCUUUGCCAUGCAGUCCUUAGAACCACCCCUUGACAUUGCCUUUGGGGCAGAUGGAGAAGUUUUUAAUGACUCCAAGUAUCGCCGCAGCUAUGACUCGGAUUUCACCGCUCCCUUGGUCUAUUAUCACGUGUGGCCUGCUCUCAUGGAGAAUGACUGUGUCAUUAUGAAGGGAGAAGCUGUCACCAGAAGAGGGGCUUUUUGGAAUUCAGUGAGAACUGUGAGUCGAUGUCGAAGCAGGAGUUUAAGUCCCAUUUGCCCCCGUAACCGCAUUGGUUUAAGCACGAUAUCUCGAAGUCGGAGUCCUUCUCCAAUAAGAUGUACAUUGCCAAGGUUUUAAAAUCACCCACAGGUGCCCCAGGCCGCAGCACAUCCCAUCAUGCAGCCUCCGUCCCCUGGACCUCCAGCUGCCUGCCUUGGCUGCCUCCGACUUCACUUAGCAUGAUGUGAACGGGCAUUCUGUGUAUCCCUCUACACACAGAGUUAAAUGUUUUGGCUUAGCGCAUCUGUAACUUUAGAUAUAUUGCAUUUUAUUUUAUUUUAUAGAUACAAAUUCCAUUAAUUUCAUAAAAAAACGAUUGCAUAGGCAUUUAGGAUUAUAUUCAUUUGAAGCAAAGUCCAUUACAAAGAUUCAGGAUUUCCAUCUUGAAAUACUAGGCUCUUUUAUAGCAACUAUAUGAACAACAGUACAAAGUCUUUACCAUGCUGAGUCCAAAAGAAAGUGUGAGGCAUUUUAGCUUACAGGUUGAUCAUAAAUGUUAUAAUUGUUAGUAUCAGCUUUUAACCUGAAAAAAUUGGGUGCUUUAAUUGCAUUUUAAAGUUUGGAAGAAAAUGCCAAUCAUAGCAGCGAUGUCAGACUGUGUAAACUGUAAUGAUUUAAAAGAAUGUAACUCGUUGGCUUACUUUUUGCUUUGAGAGUUAACCAGUUUGGUUUUGUGGAGUACCAAAUAUGGAAGCUACUUAUAUGAGAGAAUUUUCUUGCUUCAUAAACACAGAGCAGUGAUUUGAUUAGAAGCAGCUUUGAGAUAAAUGUUGAUCACCUUGCAUUAUCUCCUAGAAGUGUCUUGAACUGUUUAAAUGCAUGUGUUAAAUAUACAAGUCAUCUGUGGGAUGUGUUCUUUACCUGUUCUCUUCCUCCUGUAAGCUCCAACUGACUAAAAAUACCUGAACUCAAGAAGUAAAACGAGGUGCAUCGUUUAUUGAUUUUAAAUCAAGAUUUUCUCACUUGACUUCUUCACAGUGAAGUACUCUUGAAAGUUCACAUUCAGGAUAAUAAGGGACUGUGAUUUCUCUAGAUGCAUGAAGUUCUUUUUGCUUCCCGCCACCCCUCUCAAGCCACCCUUAACUCCUGUGCUUCACCAUCGACUGCUGCCUCCAUACACCUUUUAGAGAGAAAUCUUGAAUUGGUCAUAGCAUAGUUUGUUUAAGUUCGGCACCCAAACCAGCACCUGAUGCUCAUCAGUGGACAGAAC